AUGCCACAGCAUCCCUCCAAGCACAUCUCCCCCAAUACAAAGAUGUUCACCGAAGCAGAGCUCACUGCUCAGAUGACCACUGACCUCACUUCCCUCAUGGCCACCAACCUUGCCGCCCUCGUCAACAUUCUCACCAUCCACCCCAGCAAAAUGAAACCCAUCGUCCUCCGCGCCUGGCGCGCUGUGCAGUCUACACAGCGACUGGUCCACCAGGCGCAGACAGAUGAGGAGGCUGAUCUGGAAGCGCUGGCGCUGAGGGUGCGUUGGGCGAAAGAGAUUGUCGAUGCUGCUUUCAACACAGGUAAGAAGCAGAAUGUGCAAAUUGGGGCGAUUCACCCUUCUCUGCUUGCUGAGAAGGGAGAUAAGGUUGGUACAUGGCUGGAUGGAGUGUCCUUCGAGAAGAUCGAGCCGACUCAGGCCAGGACUCGGGCUUGGGAGCUUGGUAUGGACAUCGAUGUCACUUAUAGCGAGUUUGACAUCGACGUCCGCUGUUUGUGCUGCCCGCCUCGCAGCGUGGGCAAGGCGAAGACUCAGGCUCGUGUCCUUGGGCUGGCAAUCGAUAUCGGCUACGGUUUCGAUGUGCUCGAGCGGGUUAGCCCUGGCAGUGAGCUUGGGGGUUAUCUUGAGGUGUAG